AUGUUUCAUGCCAUUCUAGACGACGAAAAAGCCGCCAGUAAGCUGAUGGCGGAUUCUCGUCGUAUUGAUGGUGCUGUAAUCAACGCCAAAUCGCAUAAAUCCAGAGAUGGUCCGACCUUUCUCUCAGCAGCACUCCAGCGCCGCCGCGGCCAGUAUCGGGGAAUGGACAUUUUGCAGAAGAACGCUGACGAGCGACUAGUUACCUACGACGUGGAAGAAUAUGUCGCUGGCCGAUUGGAGCGCGAAGUGACUGUUGAUGACGAGGGAUUCACCCUGGUCACACAAGGGCCGGAAGCCGUAAAGGCGGGUGCAUCACGGCGUCCGGCGAAACGCUCUAAGAAAAUAUCUACCACAACUGUCGAGUUUUAUCGUUAUCCAAACAAGGAAAAAAUGAUGUACGUUGCGGCUGGCGAUAUAGCUGAGGCAGCAGAUAACGUUUCAUAA